AUUUCAUUCAUUUACGCAGUAGUUGAACCAGAUUACCAACACUAAAACCACACAUAUUCUAUCGAAUUCCUCAUGCCAAACCCUAUUCUACCUAAAACAACUCUCUACAAUGGCAAUCUUCCUUUAUACGAGUUGAUUUCCAUACAAUACUUCACAAAUCCGCUCACAUUGCAAUUUAAUAUAAAAGUUCGCGAAUCCAUUUUUCCAACCUUUCCAACUUCUUCACCACUUUACGUUUGAACCUGAGUAGUUUCUUACACACUAACACAAUGACAAAGGCUACUGAGAGGAUGGAUACCGCUACUAAAGACAGAAGGAUUGAUGCUAUGCUCAAGAAGCAUCCUUUGGAAAUGGACUACGCGUCUGAUCUUUUCCGCAAAAAUUGCACUAAAGUUACUUCUACAGAUGUUUAUGAAGGUUUAAAGCCUCAUAGAGAUUGGUUAUCCAAGAAUGACUGGCUGAAUGUUUAUUUGGGCUUACCAGGUAAGAGAUUGUUUUUGAAUAAUUAUGAAAGAGCAGGGUUUUCAGGAGCUGAAUUGAAUCCAGCUGCCCUACCAAGACCUCCACCAACCUUGUUUAAAACUAUGGAACCAAAGGAGAUUGAAAUGAUGAAAUCUUUUAAAAAGAUUCAAAUCGAACUAGAGGAUAUGAGUGCUGGUGA